GUUUUCGUAGAACUCACAACCAGCCCGCUAGGAUAAAUAAGUUUAUUGCGCAUGUCCCUUGAUAUCUAUGCGCGUAAGAAUUCCCGCCCAAAUUCAAAGUGAAAGUAGUGCGACAUGGAACGUUUGAAGACAAAAAUCUUCCAGGAAAUAAUAGAAAUUAAAAAAACAUUAUUAAAGAAAUAUGCCGCAAUUUCUGAAAAUGGAUAUGAUAGCUACUUGGAUUUAGUGAAAAACUCUGCUUUAAUUCCAUCUGGCAUUAAAAGUAUUGAUGAAUUCUUAGAAGGUGGUUUCCUCACAAGCAGCAUUUACGAAAUAUAUGGCAGAGCAGCAUGUGGUAAAAGUUUAUUAGCAUAUAUGUUCAUGAAAAAUAUUGUUAUGAAAAUGAAACAGAUCUGUUUUCUAUUGGAUUCAAAACAUGAUUUCUCAGCAGAAAAAUUUCACUUGUUAUGUACAGAAUACUCUACUGAAGAUUUAGUGAAUGGCCUGUCAAGAAUAUCUAUUAAAUUCAUUCAGAAUAAAUAUGAUUUAUUGAACUGUUUACAAGAAAUAUCUGAAAAUCUAGAAGAAAAAAGUUCCAUGCUGAGAUUUAUAGUUAUAGAUUCAUUGGCUGCUGUUUUUCUAAAUAACAUUGAUCAUUCUUUAAACAAUUUAUGCUUGACACAUUUGGCUAACAUUAUGCAUUUUAUCACUACAAGGUAUCAUGUUACAAUUCUUGUUAUAAAUUUGAUGUCUACUUGGGUUGAAGGAGAUUUUGGAACACAAAUAGGAACAAAACAAACAGUUUCUUGUGGUAGGUUUUGGUUCACAGUUCCUAAUACAAGGAUCAAAUUAGAGAGAGAACAGCACCAUUUGAGACUCAGUAUUGAAAAAAGUAAUACCUUAUCACUGAAAACUGUUUUUAUACCUCUUGCUGACAUUACAUGAUUCAAAAUAUUAAACACUUAUUCACUCUAUUUAGUUUAUUUCCUCGUAAACACUACUUAUACUUGAGUUUCUCACAUGUUUAAAUUGAGUUUAGAAGAAGCAGCAUCAGUUUCUAAAAAAAAAUUAAAGUAUUUGAGCAUUUUGCUCAAUAUGAAAUAGAUCAUUCAUUUUAAGUUUUUUCUGACAAAUGAAUCACAGAAUACUUGUUAAUUGAGCCUUCUGUCACGAAGAUGGAAGGUAUUUUUCACUGGGAAACGGCAAUGUUGUCAUCAUUUCAAAUAAUUUAGUGAUUAAAUUGUUGUUUUUUCUAUAAACCAAUUUAGUUUUCUACAAAGAAUGAUUGUCAAUAUCAAGAAAUCUUGAGAAUGGACACCCUGAAAAACAAGAAGAAGGAUUUUCUAUUUCUUUCAAAUAUUUGACAUGAAUUGCUACUUUGACAUCAUUGAAUUUUGUUGAUGACAGUGCUUUUCUACAUUAGCAAUAUGGCGGGUGCGAUGUUAUUUGAAAGAGUGCAAACUGUGUCUAACUCAGACCGCGAACAAUUUUUGAAAAUAAAUCGAAAUGGAGAACAAAAUAACAGUGAUGAAGAAAACAUUAAAUCAAAAGAACAGGAUAUCCUCAAUCUUGGUGAGCAAUAUAAGAGGGAAGGAAAGGCUAAGGAGCUUGCUGAACUCAUAAAAGCAACUAGACCUUUUCUGAGUGAAAUAAGCAAAG